AUGAACGAUGAAAUAAUCUCAAAGUCCAAUGUCGGCAGCAACAUUCCCUUCGCCGACGAGGAUGCGAUCAAUGUGGACGGCGGCGGCGGCGGCGUCUCUCGCCCGGUCACUUCAUGGAUCACGUCGAAAGGGUUGACGAACGCCGAGAGGGACACGUGUUCGCGGAACGUGCAGAGCUUCACGACCUUCCGGGUUUCCGGUUUACCGGCGAUUGCUAGGCGGGACCUGUCGGCGUCCGACGACGGCAAGAUGCUCAAUCAUCGGCGGGAGUCGUCUCAGCAACGUUAUGCCCGUCAAUCGUCCGCUCCGAAGACAGGUCAAAGCGAAGAGAUCGAAAGCGCUUCGUCGCGCUUCGAGAACGCGGUGAUAAAAUACCAGAAGCUGAAGGCACGUCCCAAGCGACAGAUCAGUCGAGAGUGUCAGCAACAGCAGCAGCAGCAGCAACAGCAGCAACAUAGCAAUUACUCGAGCAGUGACGAGAGUAUCGCGAGAAACAAGUCGAAGAGCACCAGCUCGAUCGACACGCAGUCGGUGAACAAUAUUUUGGACGAAUACGAGGAUCUCGAUUAUCGUAGAUCGUCGGAUCUCAGUGAUGUCGGUAACAUCAGCGUGACAAAUUUCGAGGCGAUAAUGAUGGAUCAGCAGAAACGACAGCAGGUAAAGUCGAGGCAGGCGAGGUCAUCGUCCAGCGCGAAGAUGCAAACUAAGUCCAUCCCGACGAGAGAAAAAAUUCAAUCGGUGCUGAAGGUGAACCAGCAGACACAAGUGAGACAGCGUUCGCGGGACAGGCAGAGGGACACUAACAAGGGACACCAGCAAGAUAUCUGCUGUGUUCCGCCGCCGGUUGCAAUGGACGCGAUUGAGAGCGGUCGCUCGAAAAUGCCUGAGAUCUUGCUGCGCAAAGGGGAGGUCCAGAAGAGGGUGGACGAAUGGUUGAAUCAAGCGCACAGCCAAAACUUUCCGGUAGCUCCUCGUGAAAAACCCCUGACCAGGUCCAACAGCAGCGCCGAGCAGAAGAGCCAGCGAAAGUACCGUGGCCAGGAUUCGCGGUCUCGGUCAUCGAUCGACGAGGCGCGGGACAGAUUGAACGGAGGCACCUCGUCGAGUUACGACGAUCUGACCCGCGUGAAUCGCAGAUUGGAGCGCGCCAGGCCGGAGAAGGUGAACGUCGGCGUGAACACUAGUAGAGGCACGUACAAAGAGUACUUGGCGGUGAGGAGUAAGCAGCAGGAUUACGGCUUCAGCGCUCAGUCGAAUAUCACGUCAUCGAGAUCCGGUGACUCCAAUCCGACCUCUAGGAUCCCUCAGAGAGGACCUCUUGGUUCGAGUUUCAAGUCCAGGCAUGCCGAAGCGAAUCUUGAAGAGAAAACCAUAGCCGCGAGUAGAAUUAUGAAUUCGGCGAAGGCGACGGGCGAGUCUGAUUACGGUAGGACGAACAUUAACAACAGUUCGAGGAUGAUCGAGAUAUCGACCGGUACGACGUCGAUGAUGACGACGACGAUGACGACAACAUCGUCGAUAAUUUCCUACAGAAGGCCGUCGCUGAAGCGUUCUGGAAACGGCGUGGAUGAAAACUGUGCGACGGCGGCAGCAGCGGUGGUGCGCUCACUUGUUAAGGAGGAGAUGGACCCGUCGCGCGAGCCGGGCCCCUCGAAGGGCCUACCGUUGCCCGGAGGCAGCAGCCUCAGUGACCAAGGCAAGCCGAUCUCACCAAAUAAGGACGGAGAAAGUAGGCGGCCGGCUGCUACGGCGAGCGGGCCGACGCCGCGACCCACCGCCGCCGCCGAUAAAGCGGUCGAGGCGGCCUGUAAAUCGACGGAAGUGUCGAGAUGCGCCGCGAACUAUUCUCGAGGUAGCUCGUCGAGGAUCGCUUCGCUGGCGGAAUCUGACCGCGUCGUCGCGAUCGAAUCGCCGCGACGGCGACUUCAGUUUUGCAGCGACGCCAGAAGGGAGCCCAGAUCGGUCGAUCAAUCGCGGCAGGAGCAACCGAUUUAUGGCUCGGCCGUUAGCGCUCGUGUGCGGGCUCUUCAAGGUCAAGUGGAGUCGCGUACUCCGAGAUCCAGGUGUCACCAGGGUGUCGCAGGGGCGUCGAUGGAGGUUAGAAGGCCACUGAUCCUGCCGCGCAAGGAUCUUGGUGCGUCUCCCUCGCGAGACGCUGGAUCGCAAGAUCGAGCGAAAAUGUCAAUUAGCGCACCUUCGUCGAGUUUCAAGCCAAAUAAUCGAGCCUACACCGCGAUCAGUGAAUCGCAGCAACAUCAGCCGAAUGAGCAGAACGCCACAAGACCCAAGAUUGCUGUCUGCGAAAACGUUCCGUCUGUCAGAGCAACGCGUUAUGCCUCUCCUGAUCACGUGGAGAGGAUCUAUGAACGUAGUCUACAACCGCAAGUGAUCCACGCAGAUGAUCUCGAAUCAAUUCUUCGACCUUCUCUGCAAGCGUCGCCUUACGGUGAAAAGAUCGGCGUUUCUAGAGAUCGAGAGUCAGCUGUCAAAGAAACGUCAUCGACGCUCGUCGAGGACGACACGUUCGACAGGAUCGGCGAGCUGCGACACGAGCAUCUCGAGACUAUCGAGGAGGACGAGCGGAAGAGCGAAGGCUCGGCCCGCAGGUAUCCGGAGAUCGGGUUGAAGCAGUGUCUGAAGGUGCAGAAGAGUCUGCCGAACGGCAGGUCGAAAGAAUCGGCGGACAAGAGGAGGGACAAUCCGAUUUAUGUUAAGUGGAAUCAACAGCAGCCGGUUGUUCUUAAUGAGCCCGCGAGAACUUUCGCCACUUUUCAAUCAGCGUCAUCCUGCCAGAGUAACGUUAAAUCGAGUGUCACGUCUCGAUCUCCGGAGGUACAAGAGUCCAGAGGUCACGAAGAGAUUAGACAAGAUCCAGACGCGUCGAUGACAAUCCUCCAGGAUCUCGUGGCCGGUUACGAGGACGCGUCGCGAGAGGAUCAGGACCAACUGACGAUGCAUUCGCGAGAGAACAGCAAUUUGUCGACCGCCACAAUUCCUGUGGAUGAACUGGAGAAUCAGGCGGGCUCGAGGCUGAAGACCGAGGAUGAUCCUUCCCGGAGUAAACUUCAGUUCGGUGAAAAGUUACAGGAAGACGCGACGAAGAACGCCGGCGACGAACGUGGUGCAGUGGUCAACGAAGUUCUCGUUAAGAAUCUGCAAUUUGAGCAGGAUCUGCCGGAAAAUCCGGUCGAGCAAACGAGACCGGAUCAUGUGGUGCAGCAGGUGAAUUUUCACAAUAUCUUGUGCGACGAUUAUGAAAACGAGAAAUUGAAGAAUAGGAAGAUGACGAAGGAGGAAAUGGAACAUCGGAGGCUAAUAGACAUGCUGAAGAGAGGAAACUUCGAGACGCUGAAACUGGUGAGUAACACUGUAAUUUUUUAUGUUAGGCUACUAAAUUGCAACAGUUCCAUGAUAUUAUGA